GUUACUGCGAUCAAUACUUCACGCUUUAGGGAGUUUCCUCCACUAACCCGACCGAGUCACAACUCAACACUCUGAGUCGCAACCGAUUCCGAUCUCCUCUCACUCUCUCAGCCCAAUUACCACCAUGCUUUACGCUUUAGGGUUCUAAUUUGAGUUUCUUGGACUGAUUAGGGUUUAAUCCGAUCCUGGACAGCGAUGGUGUUGACGUUUAAUGUAGGAGGGAAAGUAGUGGAGAGAGUAGAUUUGAUAAGGAAGAAGAAAUGGCCAUGGAGAUUCGAUAUUUUGCCAUUUGCAAUUCUGUAUGCGGUUUGGAUGGUCACGAUUGUGCCGAGCAUUGACAUUGUUGAUGCUUUAAUUGUUCUUGGUGGACUCGUUUCGAUUCAUGUUCUGGCUUUGCUUUUCACUGCCUGGUCUGUUGAUUUCAAGUGCUUUGUUCAGUAUAGUAAGGUUAAUGAUAUUUAUGCUGCGGAUUCAUGUAAAGUUACGCCGGCGAAGUUUUCUGGUUCUAAAGAAGUUGUGCCCUUGCAUAUUCGUCAACAAUCAGCAGCAUCCUCAACGUCAGGGGAUGUGGAAGAAUUCUACUUUGAUUUCAGAAAGCAGUGUUUCAUCUAUUCAAAGGAGAAUGGGACGUUUCGCAAGCUUCCUUACCCUACCAAGGAAACAUUUGGCUACUAUCUUAAAAGCACUGGCCAUGGCUCUGAGGCUAAGGUAGCUGCUGCUGCUGAGAAAUGGGGACGGAAUGUAUUUGAAUAUCCGCAACCCACAUUCCAAAAAUUAUUGAAAGAGCAGUGCAUGGAGCCUUUUUUUGUAUUUCAGGUAUUCUGUGUGGGGCUUUGGUGCUUGGAUGAAUUUUGGUACUACAGCUUGUUCACCCUCUUUAUGCUGUUCAUGUUUGAGUCAACAAUGGCAAAGAGUCGGUUGAAGACUCUAAGCGAGCUAAGACGUGUUAGAGUGGACACCCAGACUGUAAUGGUGCAUCGAUGUGGGAAGUGGGUGAAACUCUCUGGAACUGAUCUUUUACCUGGGGAUGUUGUCUCCAUUGGACGCUCCUCUGGUCAGAAUGGGGAAGACAAGUCUGUACCAGCUGACCUGCUUCUAUUGGCUGGAAGUGCCAUUGUGAAUGAAGCCAUUCUCACAGGCGAGUCUACUCCCCAAUGGAAGGUUUCAAUCAUGGGUAGGGGAACUGAGGAGAAGUUAUCAGCCAAACGUGAUAAGAACCACGUUUUAUUUGGCGGGACUAAAAUAUUGCAGCAUACUCCAGAUAAGACCUUUCCCCUAAGGGCUCCCGAUGGCGGCUGUCUAGCUGUUGUUCUACGAACUGGGUUUGAAACGAGUCAAGGGAAACUGAUGAGGACCAUUUUGUUUUCCACAGAAAGGGUUACUGCCAACAGUUGGGAAAGUGGCUUGUUCAUACUAUUUCUACUUGUGUUUGCAAUCAUUGCUGCUGGUUAUGUACUUAAAAAGGGAUUAGAGGAUCCCACAAGGAGCAAGUACAAGCUUUUCCUAAGUUGUUCACUUAUCAUAACAUCUGUGAUUCCACCUGAGCUGCCGAUGGAAUUAUCAAUAGCAGUUAAUACAUCUCUUAUUGCAUUGGCUCGGCGUGGAAUAUUUUGUACCGAACCCUUUCGCAUUCCUUUUGCAGGAAAGGUUGAUAUAUGUUGUUUUGAUAAAACUGGAACACUCACAUCAGAUGACAUGGAGUUCUGUGGUGUUGUUGGGCAGACAGAGAGUACAGAUUUAGAAACUGAUAUGACCAAAGUGCCUGCCUGUACAGCUGAGAUUUUGGCCUCUUGUCACGCAUUGGUGUUUGUGGACAACAAGCUGGUUGGUGAUCCACUUGAGAAGGCUGCGCUGAAGGGAAUAGACUGGAGUUAUAAAUCUGAUGAAAAGGCCAUGCCCAAGAAAGGAGGUGGUAAUGCUGUUCAGAUUGUCCAGAGACACCACUUUGCAUCCCAUUUGAAACGAAUGGCAGUUGUUGUUCGCAUACAAGAGGAAUUCUUGGCAUUCGUGAAGGGUGCUCCUGAAACAAUCCAGGAUAGACUUGUUGAUCUGCCAUCAUCAUAUGUUGAUACAUAUAAAAAAUACACACGUCAAGGGUCUCGGGUUCUGGCCCUUGCUUUCAAGAACCUUCCGGACAUGACAGUUGGUGAAGCUAGAAGCUUGGAUAGAGAUGUAGUGGAGACUGGUCUUACAUUUGCUGGCUUUGCUGUAUUUAACUGCCCUAUAAGAGCGGAUUCAGCUGCUGUUUUGUCUGAAUUAAAGAAUUCGUCUCAUGACUUGGUGAUGAUCACUGGUGACCAAGCUUUGACAGCUUGCCAUGUUGCUAGCCAAGUGCAUAUCAUAUCAAAACCAGCAUUAAUUCUUUGUCCAUCGAGUGGACAGGGAUAUGAGUGGAUAUCGCCUGAUGAAAUGGAGAGAAUUAGUUAUGGUGACAAAGAGGCUGAAGAAUUGUCAGAGACCCAUGAUCUCUGUAUUGGAGGUGACUGCAUUGAAAUGUUGCAACAGAGUUCUGCUGUUCUACGAGUCAUCCCUUAUGUCAAGGUUUUUGCAAGAGUUGCUCCAGAGCAAAAGGAACUUAUCUUGACCACUUUUAAAACAGUUGGGAGGAUCACUCUGAUGUGCGGGGAUGGAACCAAUGAUGUUGGUGCUCUAAAGCAGGCCCACGUAGGAGUUGCAUUGUUGAAUGCGGUGCCUCCAACACAAAGUGGAAACAAGUCAUCAGAAACACCUAAAGAUGGAACUCCCAAGCUUUCAAAGUCAAAAAAACCGAAGCCUGAAGUUAGUAAUUUAAAUGGAGAAAGCUCUUCUAGAGGUAAAGCUGUAUCAAGAUCAGAUUCUGCUAGCCAAUCAGCUGGUAACCGUCAUCUGACACCAGCAGAAAUGCAACGACAGAGGUUGAAGAAGCUAAUGGAAGAGAUGAACGAGGAGGGUGAUGGUCGCUCAGCCCCCAUUGUCAAGCUCGGAGAUGCCUCAAUGGCUUCCCCCUUCACAGCAAAGCAUGCAUCGGUUGCCCCCACGACAGACAUAAUUCGUCAGGGUCGAAGUACUUUAGUGACUACCCUCCAGAUGUUUAAAAUACUUGGUCUUAACUGCCUUGCUACAGCAUAUGUGUUGAGCGUCAUGUAUCUGGAUGGCGUCAAGCUUGGUGAUGUGCAGGCGACAAUCAGUGGCGUCUUCACUGCUGCCUUUUUCCUUUUCAUCUCCCAAGCACGGCCCCUUCCCACACUUUCAGCUGAAAGACCCCACCCUAAUAUUUUCUGCUUCUACGUCUUCCUUUCUCUCAUGGGACAGUUUGCUAUCCACCUGUUUUUCUUGAUGUUGUCUGUGAAAAGUGCUGAGAAAUACAUGCCUGAUGAAUGCAUCGAGCCUGACUCUAAUUUUCAUCCGAAUCUUGUCAACACUGUUUCAUACAUGGUGAGCAUGAUGCUUCAGCUAGCCACUUUUGCUGUGAACUAUAUCGGUCAUCCUUUCAACCAGAGCAUCACAGAAAGCAAACCGUUCCUAUACGCCCUCUUGGCUGCUUCAGGUUUCUUCACAGUGAUCACCUCUGAUCUAUUCAGGAACUUGAAUGACUGGUUGAAAUUGGUGCCCUUGCCACCAGAAUUGAGGAACAAGCUUUUGAUCUGGGCUGUUCUCAUGUUUCUGAGCUGCUAUACGUGGGAGAGGCUGCUGAAAUGGGCUUUCCCGGGUAGGAUUCCAGCUUGGAAGAAACGUCAACGGUUGGCUGUGGCCAACGUAGAGAAGAAGAAACAUGUCUGAACCCUGAACUGGUACACAAGUAACUGAAUUUAGAGAAUAGCAUGGAUAGGAGAAUCAAGAUGAUCUAGAUUCAUCUUUCCCUUGAUAUGUGACAAAUAUAUAUAUCCCAUUAAUUUUGAUUACAUGGUGGGAAUUUUGUCUGAAGAUGACCCAAUUUUACCAUGGAGAAGGAAGAAGUUUUUUUCCUUCAUUUUUGCCUCUUAAGCAAAACAUGAUAUAGGGUAAGGAGGCAUGGAAUAGGAGGUGAGAGUCUGUGCACUGUCUCGUAAAUUCGAACUUCAAACUAUGUUUGCAUUCUUACAAGUUGAUUUGAUAUAGAGACUGCUGCUUUCUUCUUUCUUCAAAUAUUUUAUACCUGUACUUUCUUAAACAUAUUUGCAAUUGUAAAGAUAUUUUAAUGAAAAGAUGCAUAUGGGCGUUUGAUGCCUGAUGACGAUCA